AUGUCAGGUUUACUGAUGGUGGUGGUUCAUUGUCCGACUCGUGAUCCUACUCAGUUGCUGGAAAUUUUUAAUUUGGCUUGGUUAUCUUGGGCUGGUCAUCCAGAUCAUGUGGCGUGCGAUCGUGAUGGAGCUUUCCAGGCCGCUUUUGUUGAACAUCUUGAGGCCCACGACGUUCACGUCGAGAAGCCCCCAGCUGAAGCUCACUGGCCAUCAGGACGAGUCGAGGCUAACAUCACACUCUGGAAGCACAUGGCCAAGAAGGUGAUUGAUACGAUGCAGCUUGCCGGAGUUGAGGACAUGAAGCUGAUGGCGCCUGCGAUCAACCAGUCUCGCAAUUCUCGUGUCCGACAAUGCGGUGCUUCACCAUAUCAGUGGACUUUCGGUAAGGACCCGAGGAUCCCCGACAGCAUCACCGAUCCAGCUAACUCUGCCGUCGUACAUAGCGCCAUGACCGCAGAUGCCGAGCUUGCUAAACGAGCCCGAGCCCUAUUCUGUUUCCACAACAAGUCACAUCGCAUUAUCAUGAUUAUCGGCAUCCACGUGGACGACCUCAUCGGAGGCGCAGACGCUCGAGAAGGCUCCAAGCUGUUGGAAACCAUCCGCCAGCGGUUCACUUUCGGCAAAUGGUGGGACAAUAAGUUGACCUACUGUGGCAAGCAUCUCAGUAAGAACGAGAACGGUACGAUUUUCAUCAACCAGAAGGAGUUUUGCAGUCAAUGCAUCUGCGACGCCUGA